AUGAACCGCGCAGAGCACCGAGAGAUUACCGAAAGUUUCUACAAGUAUCAGGUGCGAUAUUUUGAGAUUUUGGGAUUGUGGCAACUGCGUCUAGAUGCUACAAAGCGGCAGCAGAUGUUGCAUCUUCUGCGCUAUUUGAUCUUCUUGGGCAUUGUGUCGGUCAUGCUGCUCUUUUUCGCAAUACACGUGUUGGCCAACAUCGAUCAGCUGACAGUGAUAAUGCAAGUGUUCUUCAUGUUUGCCACCGAAAUGUCCUGCAUGGUCAAGUUGCUUAGCAUACGACUGAGGCGUCGGGAACAUGCCCACUUGCUGGAUGAGAUGCAUUCCAGCGUCUAUAGGCCAAAAACUGCGGAGGAAACGUUGGCAUUCAAGGCUGCCGCCCAGAUGGCCGUCAAUAUGCGCAAUUACUAUGGUGCCAUGUCGAUUCUGGCAGCCGCAUUGCUACUGGUGAUGCAAUGGUUUGUGGACAGCAGCGCCUUGCCGCUGGUGAUGUACGAACCUUGUGAUCUGGCCAAUUCGUGUUGUUAUUACUCUCUCUACAUGUAUCAUCUGUUGUCAUUGCUGCCUACUUGCUGGCUGAACAUUGCCUUCGAUUCCAUGUCACAGGCUUUGCUGAAUUUUUUGCGCGCACAGUUGGUGAUGCUAUCGAUGCGGCUAGAGAAUUUGGGUGCUGCUUUGACGCCUUUGGAUGAUCAUCGCAUAGCGAGGGAAUUGCGGGAGUGUUGCGUUUAUUAUGCGCGCAUUGAGCGACUUAGGGAUAUGGUGGAUGGUUUCAUUAAAAUCCCCGGUUCGGUGCAAUUGUUUUGUACCAUUCUGGUGCUCGUUUCGAACUUCUAUGAAAUGUCUACGCACGCGGGCGAAACGGCUUUCAUCAUGAAGAUUGUAACGUAUCAGUUUGCAAUGCUGCUGCAAAUCUUCAUUGUUUGCUAUGCGGCCAACGAGGUCACUUAUCAGAGCUCGCUUUUAGGUCAUGCUCUCUACAAUUCAGAGUGGACCACUUGGAACAAGGACAAUCGCAAGAUGUGUUUACUGAUGAUGCUGCGCUUCGAUGAUCCGCUUUGGGUGCGCACCAUAAAUCAUACGCAGAGCUUUAGUUUGCCUACAUUUUCAUCUAUUGUGAACUGCUCGUACAGUUACUUUGCAUUGCUCAAAAGGGUCAACAGUUAAAUGUGGCGGCUUAAAAAUUUUUGAAACUUUCGCACGCGUUGGCAGCACUGCUUAUCGGAUAACGAUUACUUAUCGGUUUUAGUAUAUGACUAUUUUAGGCACAUUUUCAAUGAUUUGUAAUAAAUGACGCAAAUAAAUAACACUGCACAUAUCAUAGCGUCCAGCUCAUGUUCGUUGUUCGUGUAAAAUGUUUAAACGUUGCAAUCAUUAUACUAAUAUAAUAUGGUUAGUGAAUGCAAUUAAUACUCGAAAACA